GAUUCUCAUGUUUAAACUCAUCAAAGUCAAUCACAGCCGAGCGGCGCUCUUAAACUAGAGUUAAUCGUUUGCUAACUCGUCAUCUGUGUACUUACCUACGUGAACAUUAGCAAGCGUUAGCCGCGAGCUGCUGUUACCUAGCCUGUUAACUGAAGCCGAAAACAGGGAGGUAUAUUGCAAAGAGUUCCUUUGGUCUCAGGGCCUACUCCCCUAGCGACUAACACCUCACUACUUUGCAUGUAAUACAAAUCAAGUGAAUAGCACUUUGGAGUUGUCACGACCGGAGAGCAUAGGUAAAUAGAGCUGGCAUCGUUGGAACAACACCGUUUCAAAAUGGCUGCCUCAGCAGCGGCAGCACACAUUCAUCAGCUUGCUAAGUGCUAGCGAGCUAACUUGCAAUGUUUCGUGACAAUAUCGCGUACCUUCUUCAAAGCAAAAUGGCCUUUAAUAAAUUCGAGGGUAUAUGAAGUAGUCCAAUAACAACGAAAUGACACUCCUGCGUGGGUAUAAAGCUCUCGUAGAGUGGCUAUUGGUGUUUGUUUGGGUUUUCUGUGAGCUUACCACUGGCGCUGGCAGCUAGGGGAUUCGACCAGACACGGGAAUGCUGCGUUCAAGAAGUAACGUCAAUAUGCAACUUCAUAAGAUUCAAAAUGGUUGGAUUUGCAUCUUGUAGCCCUCUCAUGACGAGGGUUCCAGUGUGGAAAUCACCUCGAUGGCCAAUCAGAACUUCAAACCAAACCAAAGUUGAAGUGGUCUCUAAGGUCUCGUUGUUGAUUCCAUCCAAACUGACUUCAACCAACAGGCUGCUGCGCAUCAAACCUGUCAGCUGGGCUGGCACACGUCUAUGCCAUUCAGAGAAAAGAGACCCCAAAGAAAGUACAAGUGUGAGGGCCAUGAUUCAGGCUCCCAAACCAGCGCUGUACCUUGGUUUGUCUGGGCUCAUCCCAUUUGUCACUGCUCCUCUCCUUAUGGCGACCACUCAGUCCUUCUACCCCGAGGUGGCUCAUGCGCAAAUCAUGUACGGCGCAUGUAUAGUUUCAUUCCUUGGAGGUGCCCGCUGGGGGUUUGCCAUUCCUGAUGGUAGUCCCGCCCAACCUGACUGGAUAAACUUGGGCAAUAGUGUAAUUCCAUCACUUAUAGCAUGGCUGGCACUGCUCUGCAGGGACAAUGUCGUAGAGGGGGCCAUGGUUGUUAUAAUUGGACUUGGACUGUCUUUGUACUACGACCUGACACUGCUACCUGGAUACCCCGAUUGGUUUAAAGCCAUGAGAACUGUUCUCACUCUCGUUGCUACCUUUUCACUUGUGGCAACGCUGAUUUUGAAGAAGUUCUGCACUGAGAAGAAACUAUUACUGUUCAGCCAUUAAAUUGUUUGUUUCAUCCUCGUAAACCUAAUAAAAAUAAACCCCUUAAUGCUUGGAUUAUAUGUACCUCCACUACAGUUCAAAAGUUUGGGGUCACCCAGACAAUUAUGUGUUUUCCUUCAAAAGUCACACUUCUAUUUUUCAAUUGGGUUGCAAAAUCAAUAGAAAAUAUAGUCAAGACAUCGACGAGGUUAGAAAUAAGGAUUUUUAUUUCAAAUAAUAAUUUUCUCUUUCAAACUUUGCUUUUAUCAAAGAAUGCUCCCUUUGCAACAAUUACAGCUUUGCAGACCUAUGGCAUCCUAGCUGUUAAUUUGUUGAGGUAAUCUGGAGAAACUUCACUCACUCCACACUUCCAGAAGCACCUCCCACAAGUUGGGUUGGCUUGAUAAGCACUUCUUGCGUACCAUACGGUCACGCUGCUCCCACAGCAGCUCAAUGGAUUUGAGAUAUGUUGACUGUGUUGGCCACUCCAUUAAAGAUAGAGUACCAGCUGCCUGCUCUUUCCUAAAUAGUUCUUGCAUAGUUUGGAGGUGUGCUUUGGGUCAUUGUCAUGUUGUACCUCCAAUGUGACUCCAAUCGAGCGUUGUCCACAGUGUAUGGCAUGGCGUUGCAAAAUGGGAGUGAUAGCCUUCCUUAUUUAAAAUCCCGUUAAUCUUGUACAAAUCUCCUACUUUACCAGCACCAAAGCAACCCCAGACCAUCACAUUACCCUCACCAUAGUUGACAGAUGACAUCAGGCACUCUUCCAGCAUCUUUUCAGUUGUUCUGCAUCUCACAAAUGUUCUUCUCUUUGAUCCAAAGUCCAAACACUUCAAACUAUGAUUCGUCUGUCCGUAACAUUUUCCCCCCAAUCUUUCUCUGUCCAAUGUCUGUGUUCUUUUGCCCAUAUUAAUCAUUUCCUUUUAUUAGCCUGUCUCAGAUAUGGCUUUUUUUUUGCCACGCUGCCCUGAAAGCCAGCAUCCCGGAGACGUCUCUUCACUGUCGACAUUGAGACUGGCAUUUUACGGGUACUAUUUAAUAAAGCUGCUAGAUGAGGACCUGCGAGGCAUCCAUUUCUGAUACUAGAGACUCUUAUGCUUGGUUGUGCAGCGAGCCUCCCGCUUCUCUUUCUACUCUGGCUAGAUCUUGUUUGUGCUGCUCUCUGAAGGAAGUGGUACACACUACACAGCGUUAUAGGAAAUCUUCGAUUGGCAAUUUCUCUUAUGGUAUAGCCUUCAUUACUAAGAAGAGAUUGUCAAGUUUCAUGUGAAAGUUGUCUUUUUCUGGCCAUUUUGAGAGUUUAAUCAAACCCACCAAGGUGAUGCUCCAGAUACCCAACUCGCUCAAAGGAAGAUCAGUUUUAUAGCUUUUCUAACCAUCUAAACUAUUUUGAGCUGUGCCAACAUAAUUGCACAAGGUUUUGUAAUCGUCUAUUAUCCUUCUAAGGUAACUAGCAAGCACAAUGUACCAUUAGAACACUGGAGUGAUGUUUGCUGUAAAUAGGCCACUUUACAAAACUAUGUAGAUUCUGCAUUAAAACCAGACGUUUCCAGCUAGAAUAGCCAUUUUCCACAUUAAUAAUGUUUUUCUGAUUAGUUUAAUGUUGUUUCCAUUGAAAAAAACUGCUUUUCUUUCAAAGAGGAGGAAAUUUCUAAGUGACCCCAACUUUUUGAACGGUAGUGUAUAUUUCUUGUCAUGCUCCUGAUUUUGGAUUGUUAUCCUUAGCAAAACAACAGUUCCCAAAUUCACAUAAUGUACUGG